AUGGAUUCACCCACCAAACCCAAACGCACAAGAGUCAACAAACACAAGCGCGUCUCAAGAGCCUGCAAUUACUGCCGUGCUCGUAAGCACAGAUGUGAUGGCAGCCACCCAACCUGCUCGCGUUGCUCUGCCAUCCACUACCCAUGCAGCUACGGCCCCGACACCAAGAAGCGCAGACUGACGACUGGCUAUGCGAGGGCUCUGGAACUACUAUGGGCACUGGUCUUCACCGUCGUCCCGAAUAGCAAGGCCGUGAUCCAAGAGCUAUUGCCAGAUGUGCAGUUUGCGCUCGAUUCGAAGUCCAGAUUGCUGUUGAAUACCAGGCUUGUCAAAGAUUACGAAACCCUCAGACAGGCCUGGGACGGGAGUGACGUACAAGAAGAAUUGGAUCGGCUGUUGGCGAAUAUUCAGCAAGAGACGGACUCUGGUGCAAGUUCUGUGGCAUCCAUAAAGGGUGAAGUUUCAACCCCCGACCUCGCACCUUGCACCACCACAUUUGAAGUUGUGAAGACCACAACGUCAAAUAAUGAAGCCCGACAAGUUUCAGAUCACAUGGAUACUGACAGGUCCAAUAAAUAUUCCUGUCAUGACCCGUCCGUUGCCCCAUCAGAUCCAUGGAACGACGUAUCAUCCCCCGUAUCUGCUCAGGAGGUACAGCGUCUGAUCGACAUAUACUUUGCCCAUACCAAUUGUUGGCUUCCUGUGGUCCAAAAGCACAAGAUGCUAGAGCUACUGUAUUCACCUUCCAGAGAUGAUUCAGCCGAAGAAGGAAACAUGGCCACCCUAUGGGCUGUGAUUGCUUAUGCUUCACUCCAAUAUACUCGCAACCCUACCGGAGCCUCUGAUAGACGAGCCGAUCUUCCUCCGCCUGACGUAAUAUAUUCCAAUGCAAGAAAACGAAUACCGAACGAAGACUCGAGACGGCCAGGCUAUGUUCAAGCGUUGCUUAUACUGGCUCUUUUCAAGAUGGAUCAGGAGGAUCUGGUGACUUCCUGGCACUUGAUCGGCCAAGCGGUGAGGAUCUGUCUUCAUCUUGGUGCCGCCCCUUGCACCAGCAACGACCCCAAUGCCGAAAAUUUCGAUGAUGACGAUCAGAAGCGGCUUCUCUUAAGUUGCUUUAUACUUGAUACUCUCGUAUCAUGUCGCUUGCGUAAGCCACCACAUCUUAGGACAAGAGAUUUAUGUUUCUCCCCAAAGAUCGCAGCAACAGGUCCGAGUGAAUGGGAACCACAAAACAUUAUACCCACAGAUUCUGGAAACACGAACAACAUGCAUCAGCCUUCGCGAGUAUUAAGUAUAUUCAACUGCUACGUGGGCUUGAUAUGCAUAUUCAACGACGCCAUGUCAUAUCAAAGAUCGGCAAACAGACCUUGCCUUAAAGGCCUACUAGCAUUGAAUCGUUGGUAUGAUGGACUUCCAGAACAUUGCCAAAUUCCAUCACUGAGUGGUAAGGUCCAGCCGGGAUCGUCAGCUCACCUAACGCCGCAACUGUACAACCUUCAUCUCGCUUUCGCAAGCAUCGAUAUGCACCUCAGGUCGCAUAUUGCCACCACCAACGUGAUAUCGAGCACACAAACCACAGGUCUAACAGGCCUAUCUAUGGGAUAUCUCAUGGCGUCUUUUGUAAAAGAGUUCGGUGUAUCUAACAUGCCCGCUAUAUUCAAGGUUUACCAAGACCUUGCACGCAGAAGAGUUUAUAGGCCUGAGCGACAGGAUCCCCCGGUUGGCUCGCUGAUCUCGGUAUUGAGUAGUGAGCCAUCUCCUGAUCUACUGCCAACACCUCCGGAGUUCACUGAAUCCGUCUCCACAAUUCCCAGUCGAGCAGAUUUGCUUCACGUCACGGCACCGCUUUGCGAAACAGAGGUUCCUGAAUACGAUAUGGAAACUUUGAGCAAGAUAUUUGGUACUUCCGAGUUAAGUGAAGCAGGCUUUUCAAUCGAGCAAGACAUGGAGGGUUUAGACUACUUGAAUGGUAUGACAUGGUAA